AUGUUUAUUUUAAUUAUUAAACAAUUUUUAAUUAUUUUUAUUUUAAUUAUUUUAUUAUUUUCACCAUCAUUUUACUCAAUUGUAACAAGAAAAAGAAAAUUAAUUUGUAAGAGAACCCCUUUUAAUCGAAAAACAACCAAUUAUAAAGCUUGGAGAGAGCAAAUGACUAUUUGUGAAUUACUUGAAAAUUAUGACCCGGCAGUUCGUCCAUUAGGUCAAGUACCUAAUGCCGAGAGACGUGGACCUGUUAUUGUAACUACUUCUUUAUUUGUUAAUUCAAUUAGUGCUGUUAGUGAAAGAAAUAUGGAAUAUGUAGUACAAUUCCGUUUUCAACAGCAAUGGUUGGAUGAACGUUUAGCUUUUAAAAUGAGUGAGGCAGCUGAUUUACAACAAAUUAAUCUUGCUAGAGACCAGCCUAUUUGGAUACCUGAUAGGCAAAUAAAUACCUAUAUUUAA